AUGUCGUGGCUAAAAAAACACAAUCCCCAAAUUUCAUGGGAAAAACACACGCUUGUUUUUAAUUCAUCAUAUUGUUCCAACAACUGCUUAUCAAUCCCUACCGUCUUGGAACUUAAAGCGGUGGAAGAAAUCCCCAUCCCUUACCAAGAAUUUUCCAAGGUUUUUUCCAAGGAAGAAUCAUCCAAAUUGCCACCUCACCGCCCUUACAAUAUUGCUAUUGAAUUGCUCCCUGACGCAAAACCCCGGCAUGGCCCCAUAUAUAGUCUAGGACCAAGGGAAGAUGCGGAACUGAAGGGAACUAUAGAGAAACAACUUAAGGCUGGCCUGAUUCGUCCCUCCAAAUCUCCUAUGGCUUCCCCAAUUCUAUUUGUCAAGAAGAAGAAUGGAAAGCUACGCAUGUGUGUGGAUUAUCGACGCCUAAAUAGCAUGACUAAGAAGAAUGUAUACCCUCUACCGUUGCCACAAAACUUGAUUGAGAAGCUACAAGGUGCAAAGAUUUUUAGUAAAUUCAAUCUCAAGUCCGGAUAUAACUUAGUCCGAAUUAAGGAAGGCGAUGAAUGGAAAACAGCCUUCAAGACAAAAUACGGACUAUUUGAGUACUUGGUUAUGCCCUUUGGGUUAACAAAUGCGCCGGCGGCUUUUCAAGAUAUGAUGAACGAAAUAUUCAGGGACCUUCUAGAUGUUUAUGUCAUCAUAUACCUGGACGAUAUCCUAGUCUUCUCUUUGAACGAAAAAGAUCAUGAAAUUCAUGUGCGCGAAGUGCUAAAGAGGCUACAGGACAACGACCUCUUUUGUAAUAUUGAAAAAUGCCACUUCCAUGUCAAAAAGAUUGACUAUCUAGGAUUCAUUAUCUCGGAGUUUGGUAUAGAAGUUGACCAAUCUAAAGUCACGGAUGCCAUGAAUUGGUCAACACCUAAGAAUGUCAAAAACAUCCAAGAAUUCUUAGGAUUUGUGAACUUUUAUAGACAAUUUAUCCCCGAUUUUGGUAACUUGGCACGACCCCUAUACAAUUUGCUCAAAAAGGACAGCCCAUGGAAAUGGGAAUUGGCGGAACAACAAUCCUUUGAUAGUUUAAAGAAAUGCCUCACUUCAGCGCCAUUACUCCUACAGCCGGAUACAACAAAACAGUUCUACAUAGAAUGCAAUGCAUCGGACUAUGCCACUGGAGCUAUAUUAUCCCAACGCAACCCUGAAGGGAAACUAGCUCCAGUAGCCUAUCUAUCUAAGUCACUGUCCCCUGCUGAAAAGAAUUAUGACAUUUUUGACAAGGAACUAUUGGCAGUCAUUAGGGCAUUUAAAGAAUGGCGCCAUUUACUGGAAGGAUCAGAGUUACCAGUCCAAGUUCUAACAGAUCAUAAGAAUUUGGAGUAUUUCUCUACGUCACAAUCCCUGAAUAAACUACCCCUUGAAGGGGGGGUAGAGAACCAGGUUCUCCUGAAACCGGAACUUUUUAUUGCAUCUAUUACUCCGGAUCAAGAGAUCAAUGACCUAAUCGGCAAAGCUAUCUACAAGGAUGACCGUCUGAAAGAAAUCCUGCACAAACUCCAGAACAAGGAAAAGAUCUUGGAUUGGGAAUUAAAAGAAGGGUUACUAUGGUAUCAGAGAAAAAUCUUUGUACCUAAAGACAAUACCAUUAGGAACCUUAUUUUAGAAUCUAGGCAUGACGCCUUGGCGGCGGGACACCCAGGACAAGCCAGAACAUUAGAACUUAUUUCCAGGAGCUACUACUGGCCAUCGCUGAAAAAGUUUGUCAAUUCUUAUGUCAGCCACUGCGAAACCUGUAUCAGGUCCAAACCAACAAAUCAAGUACCUGUAGGACUGCUAAAGCCACUGCAAAUUCCUGAACGUCCUUGGGAAGACAUAGCUUACGACAUGAUUGUGGGACUACCGGUCUCAGAAGGCUUUGAUGCCAUCCUUACUGUCAUUGACCGAUUUUCAAAAAUGGUUCACUUUAUUCCUACCCAAUCCACGGCGUCGGCCAUUGACAUUGCCAACUUAUUCAUUACAUACAUCUGGAAAUUACAUGGCCUUCCCAGGAGUACAGUUUCAGAUAGAGGUCCUACAUUUAAUGCCAAGUUUAUUUGUCAUCUAUAUAAAAGGCUAGACAUUAAACCUACAUAUUCUACAGCCUAUCAUCCUCAAACAGAUGGUCAAACAGAACGAAUACAACGAGAGGCUGAGAUCUUUAUUCGAAUGUUUGGGAAUCAUUGUCAAUCAGACUGGGUGUCAUUACUACCCCUGGCCGAAUUUGCUCUGAAUAACCUGAAACAAUCUUCCACGGGUAAAUCUCCAUUCCAGAUUUGUUAUGGCAUGAAUCCUCGAUUCUCUGUGGGACAAAAGUCAGAUGAAUCCAUCCCUAAUGCAGAUGAACAUGCGGAAUUCUUAGAAAAGGGCUAUGAUGAAGUCAAGGCAGCGUUAUUGAUAUCCCAAGAAAGGAUGAAACACUUCUAUGAUCAACGCCACAGGGAAGAAGAAGGAAUUCAAGUAGGGGACAAAGCCUGGCUAAGUCAUCAAAAUAUAUCCACCGAUAGACCAUCCAUCAAGCUUAGCCACAAAAAGCUAGGUCCCUAUUUGGUAAUUGAAAAAAUUGGAUCGCACGCGUAUAAAUUACAAUUACCCCAUACCAUGCGCAUACAUCCAGUAUUUCACAUAAACCUUUUAACAAAAUUCCGCCCCAACCCUCAUGGACGCAAUCCUCCUCAACCUGCACCUAUUAUUACAGAAGAAGGUGAAGAGGAAUACGAAGUGGAAAGAAUCUUGGAUAGCAAAUGGAAGGGACGCGGAAAAACAAGAAAGUUAUGGUACCUAGUCAAAUGGAAAGGUUAUGACGAAGGAAGUAACUCAUGGGAACCAGUAGACAAUGUGGGAAAUGCCCAAGAAGCCUUAGAGGAAUUUUAUAAAGAACACCCCAAUGCAGUUGGAGCUUGA